AUGGCUCCGCGCUUCGGGGACCAGAUCCUCGCAGUCUUCGACGUCCCUGCUGACGCUUACGAGUUCCUGAUUGGCGUCUUGGAGGACCGCGCAGCGUCACCGGACGACUUGAAGCUCAUCUUUGACCAAAGCUUGAUGGCCGGCGCCGAAUCAUGGUUCAUUCAACUUGAGCACGCUCAGCACCUCGGCAGCAACACUGAAACACCGUCGGCUGCCGUAAGGAGCGAACACCCAUCGGAAGAGCCAUGGGCGUCUACCGAUCGUCUCAUUGAGCAGGCCAACUCCCUUGCCAGGAAAGCCGCCUCGAUCUCGCUACCGAGAUUCGGAGCUUCGGAGAGGCAGAAGAAGAACGAGGCUCGCAAAUCCGCCAAACGUAAACUCGACGCUGCCUCGUCACACUACUGGUGCGAAGCCGGUAAUGCGGACGAUGUCUUUUCUCCGACGAAGAAAAUCCGAUUGGCAGCUUUACCCAGCACCUUUACUCCGCGGUUCAAGAUCCCUGAGCCAGAUCUUCGGUCCGUCUGCGUCAAUCCAGAUGAACCCAGCGAGGCACAGCUAUCCAAUGUGCACACCCAUGCCGGCACAUCGCCUUACUUCAUAACGCCCACCAAAGCCCCGGGAUCUGUCGCUCCACGCCCCAGUCCCGGAACGGUGUCGUGUAUCCCCUUUCCUCCUCUCAGCGCAGCAUCUUUUGGUAUCAUCCAAGAACAGAUGGCCCACGACCCAUUCUGGCUUCUUGUUGUCGUUACGUUUCUCAUCAAGACCAAGGGAGAACAUGCCAUUCCCACAUUUCUGCGUGUCAAGGAACGCUUUCCAACGCCGUGCGAUAUUGCCAACCCCGACAACGCAAUGGAACUGCUCGCCAUGAUUCGGCACCUGGGUCUCUGCCAAAAUCGGCUCGCGAUUCUGCGAAAGUAUGCAAAAUACUUCAUGUUUGAUCCGCCCCGGCCCGGCGUACGCUACGUCGUGCGUCGAUACGAUACGCGACAGGUUGGCCACAGCCCGGAGAACGGGCUCACCUCCCACGCGAAAGAUGCUACCGAAGGUUGGGAGAUUGGACAUAUGACGCAGGGCCCCUAUGCAAUUGACAGCUGGCGCAUAUUCUGCAGGGACGUGCUUCUGGGAAAGGCCACGGACUGGAACGGCAAGGGUGCCCGGGGCGAGUUCCAGCCAGAGUGGAUGAGAGUCUUGCCGGGGGAUAAGGAGCUCCGAGCCUAUCUACGAUGGAUGUGGAUGCGUGAGGGCUGGGAAUGGGAUCCGGCGACGGGAGAGCGGACGGUGCUGCGCGAGGAGAUGCGACGCGCCGUGGAGGAGGGCCGGGUUGAGUACGGCAUUUACGGAGAGCUGCAGAUUGUGCGCGAGCAGUGA